UUUAAAUAGCGUAGUAGAUUAAAAGGGGUGCAAAUUUAUCGACAUUUAGUCAGGCAUUUGGCUCCGGAUUCUCUUUUACUCUAUUACUCUUUCUUGUCGGUCUUCUCACAGUUGAAGUGGGUGGUGCAUUUGAUUCUUAUUUGUCUUCUUGUUCUGUUGAGUUUUGAAAAAAAAAUAAAAUAUUCUGUGUGUUUUUACAAGGUUUAGAUCGAAGCUGCCUUUUCUAAUCGUGGGAUUUUUUUUUGAAUAACUUUUGGGUUUGGCGUUUUAGAAAAGUUUGUGCAUCAGGGUUUGAACUGUCAUUCAGCAGAUGAUAAAUUAGUUUCUUAUCCAGCAAUGUCGAGUAUUGCUAGGUGGAAGAAUGAGAAAACUAAAGUGAAAGUGGUCUUUCGGCUGCAGUUCCAUGCCACACAUAUUCCUCAUCCAGGAUGGGAUAAACUUUUUAUAUCUUUCAUUCCUGCUGAUUCUGGAAAAGCAACUGCAAAAACAACUAAAGCCAAUGUAAGAAACGGGACCUGCAAAUGGGCAGAUCCUAUCUACGAGACCACAAGGCUUCUUCAAGACGUUAAAACCAAGCGAUAUGAUGAAAAACUCUAUAAGCUUGUCAUUUCGAUGGGUUCAUCACGGUCUAGUGUCCUUGGUGAGGCUACCAUCAACCUUGCUGAUUAUGCUGAUGCGUUAAAACCUUCUGUUGUUGCCCUGCCUCUUCAUGGAUCUGAUUCCGGAACUUCUUUGCAUGUCACUGUACAACUGCUCACUUCAAAAACUGGUUUCCGAGAGUUUGAGCAGCAGAGGGAACUCAGAGAGAGGGGGUUGCAGACUGACCAAAAUAGCCCUGAUGAAUCCUCUAGUGGAAAAGUAUCAUCUUCUGAAGGGAUUAUCAAUGAUCAGAUAGAUAAGGUAAAUAUCAGAGUUAGAUUUAAAGAAAAAUCUAAAGACCUUGCUUCACUUGAAGAAGAGGUGGGGCCAAAUGAAGAAUAUGCAGACUCAGCUGUUGGAUUUGAUGGCUCUUCCAAUACAUCAGAGAGUUUAUACACAGAGAAGCAUGAUACUUCCAGCACUCAUGAAAUUGAUAGCCUUAAGAGUACCGUCUCUGGUGACUUAGCUGGACUUUCCCUCAGCCAAAGUCCUCAUCUGGAAAAAGGGGAUCCCUCUGAUCAUCGAUUUUUGGCACAGGGGACAAAUGAUUGGGUUCAUGCCUGGAGUUCAGACUAUUCUGCAGAUAAUGACUUGGCAGCUGCUUAUGAAGAGAAUGGUAGGCUUAGAGGAAGCUUGGAAGUGGCUGAGUCAUCUGUUCUUGAGCUUAAACAGGAGGUAAGCUCCUUACAGGGUCAUGCUGAUGAAAUAGGUUAUGAAGCCCAAAAAUUUGCUAAGCAACUUGCCUCUGAGAUUGCUUCUGGAGAAGAGAUGGCGAAAGAAGUGUCUGUACUGAAGUCGGAGUGUUCAAAGUUGAAAGCUGAUCUUGAACAGUUAAAGGUUUCUCAAUUAUGCCCUCCAUUUAGCAGCAGAAAUGCUACAGAACCCCUACAGGAUCACAGAUUUCAAGAAUUGAAGCUCAGAUGGAUAAAGGGGCUUUUAUCCAUGGAAGAUAAGAUAAAAGAGCUUCAAAAUAAUGCAUGCUUGGGAUACCAUGAAAGUGACUUCAGAUUCCUUCGCUCAGAUGUAGAGGAGUUGAUUGGUGUGCUGCAGGAUCUUAAGCAAGGAACAGGGCUGCUAAUUUCCAGUAACCACUUGGUACCUUGUGAAGGAUCUAGCCUGAAGGAGAUCAGAGAAAUGAGUUUACAUAAAAAUAGCCAGUUUGUAAGUGAAUCUGGCUUUGAUGUGGACUUAUAUCAACCAGAACUAGGCAUGCUUCAUUGUCUUAACAUUCCUGGCUUGGUUUCUCAUGAGCCCGACUCUAUAGAUACUACCAAUGCAAUGAAAGGAAAAAUAUUUGAACUUCUGAGGGAGUUGGAUGAAUCAAAAGCUGAACAGGAGAGCCUUGCAAAGAAAAUGGACCAGAUGGAAUGUUACUAUGAAGCUCUUGUCCAGGAGCUUGAGGAACAUCAGAGGCAGAUGCUGGGGGAGUUGCAAAAUCUCAGAAAUGAGCAUGCUACUUGCUUGUAUGCAGCUGCAACCACGAAGGAAGAGAUGGAGACAAUGCGCCAAGAUCUGAAUGACCAGCUAUUAAGACUUGUUGAAGAAAAACGUGAGUUGGAUUCUCUGAACAAGGAAUUUGAAAGAAGGACUGUUACUGCUGAGGCAGCACUCAAACGGGCACGCCUGAAUUAUUCAAUUGCUGUCGACCAGUUACAAAAGGAUCUGGAACUGCUCUCAGUCCAGGUUUUGUCCAUGUUUGAGACUAAUGAGAAUCUCAUCCGGCAAGCUUUUGUAGAUUCUUCACAAUCAUGCUUUGAGGGAAACCCAAUAACCACAGAGAGCCAGAGAUCUGGUUCAAGUGAAGUUCGCAUGGGGAAACUCUUUCAGUUCCAAAAUCAGUUUGUCGGGAAGAAAAAACAGCAGUUGGGUGGUGAUAUUCAUUUAGAUGACUUGAAAAGAUCUCUACAUUUGCAGGAAGGGCUUUACAGAAAGGUUGAAGAAGAAGCUUGUGAAAUGCAUUUUGAUAAUUUAUACUUGGAUGUACUUUCAAAUGUUCUACAGGAAACUUUGCUUGAGGCCAGUGACAAUGUCAAAUGUAUGAGAGAGAAAAUAAACAAACUUAUGCAGGAGCUAGAGCUUUCAACUGAGUCCAAGGAGUUGUUGUCGCAAAAGCUGCACUCUGCACUGAAUGAUGUUCAUGCCUUAAAUGAGCAUAGGGCAACUUGCGUUGCCAAGUGCAGUGAUAUGGCUCAGCAAAACCAAUUUUUGGAAGCAAAUUUGCAAAAUGUCACAUGUGAAAAUCACCUUCUUUUGCAGAAGAUUGCUGAAUGGGAGUCUCUAGUGAUGCACUACAGAAGUUACGAGAGCAUGUAUAAGGCUUCUUCUGCAGAGAACACGGAGUUGGCAUGUUUAUUGGAAAAGAAAACCCUAGAAAAUUGUGAUCUUCAAAAUGAGAUCUUCUUUUUGCAGGAAGAGCUGAAAACUUUCAGAAAUGAAUUUGAUGAUCUGGCUUCUGUGAAGGAAAAGCUGCAGGAUGUAGUCAAUUUCAUGGAGAGUAAGUUGCACAACUUGCUGGCGUCCUAUGACAAAAGUAUAAAUGGAUUGCUUCCUAGUGAAUCUGGUGAUCAUGAUUUAAAGCCCCAGGAUUUAACUGGUGUCAUGAUGCAAUUGGAAGAGCUUCAGCAUAAUUCAUGUGAAAGGAUUCUCCUGCUCAUGGAAGAGAAGAAAGGUCUGGUUCACGAGAGAGAUAUCGCUCAAGUGUCCAUCACUGCAGCUAAAUCAGAGAUCGCAUUGGUGAAACAGAAGUUUGAACGUGAUAUACUGAACAUGGUGGAUAAAUUCAAUGUGUCAAAUGCUUUGGUUGAGCAGCUUCAGUUGGACGUUGAGGGUAUUGCUUACAAACUCAAGGUUAGCUCUGAAGUUGAAGAAAAAUAUGCACAGCUACACAAUGAUCUAUUUUCUGAUCUUGAUCGUUUGGAAGCUCAGUUGAAAGAACUUAUUUCUAUGAACCAGGACCUUAGUCAUGAAAUCUUGGCAUUAGAUACUGUUGCUAGUGAACUUGAUAAGACUAAACUGGCUGCAGCAGAACUUGUGAUAGAAAACCAAGCUUUGAUGGCAUCUAUACAGGAUAAAAAUGAGGUGUCCUCAGGGAUUGCAUUAGAACUUGAGAGUUUGAAAGAAAGUUUGCAAUCUCUGCAUGAUGAAAACCAAGCUUUGAUGGCAUCUUCACAAGAUAAGGAGGAGUCUGCUCAACUGGCUUCAGAGUUGAGCAACUUGAAAGAUAGCAUACAAUCUCUGCAUGAUGAAAACCAAGCUCUGAUGGAAAUUUUACGGAAUAAAACUGAGGAAGCUGGCAACCUUGCAUCAGAGCUAAAUAGUUUAAAAGAAAAUUUGCGAUUCUUGCGUGAUGAAAAUCAAGCUUUGAUGGCAUCUUCACAGGAUAAAGAGGAGGAACAUGCCAAGCUUGCAAUGGAACUAAACUGUUUGAAAGAAUGUUUGCAGACUCUGCAUGAUGAAAAUCAAGCUCAGAUGACAUCCGCAACGGAUGCGAAGGAGGAAUCUACCAAGCUUGUGUCAGAGAUAAACAGUUUGAAAGGAAGCUUGCAAUCUCUGCAUGGUGAAAAACAAGCUCUGAUGAUAUCUACGAGGGAUAAAACUGAGGAAUCUUCCAAGCUUGCAUCAGAGCUGAACAUUUUGAAAGAGCGUUCACAAUCUUUGCAUUGUGAAAACCAAGUUUUGAUGGCAGGUUUGCAGGAUAAGACAGAGGAAUCUGCCAGGCUUGCAUCAGAACUAAACAGUUUGAGAGAAUGCCUGCAUACUUUGCAACAAGAAAAGCAAGCUUUGAUGGUGUUCUUACAGGAUAAAACUGAGGAGUCUGCCCAUCUUGCUUCAGAUUUGAUCAGUUUGAGAGAGAGUUUGCAAUCUCUGCAUGAUGAGCUGCAUGGUGAGAGAAGCUUGCGAGAGGGGUUACAGAGUACAAUAGUGGAUCUAACUUCACAAUUAAACGAGAAGCAGUGCCAGUUGCUCCAAUUUGAUCACCACGAGUCUGAAUUGGCUCAUCUCAAACGCCUGGUAUCAGAUCUAGAAUCUGAGAAAGCAAGAGUUUGCCAUCUUCUGUUGCAGUCUGAAAAAUGUCUUAAUAAUGCUCGUGAAGAAGCUUCCACUGUUUCCGCACUAAAAACUCAGUUGUCUGAGAUGCAUGAACCUCUAAUAGCUGCUGAUGUUCGAUUCAUUUUUGCAAAGACUCAAUAUGACAGCGGAUUUGAAGUGCUUCUUCAUCAACUACACUCCACAGAUAGGCUGCUUGUCCAACUUCAGAAGAAGCAUAUUGACAUGGAAACCACACUUAAUCGGUGUCUUGCAAGUGAAACCCAAUAUGCUGAAGAGAAUGCGAGGUUGUUGACAAAUCUCAACUCUGUUCGGUCUGAGCUAGAGGCUUCUAUUGCUGAAAACAGGUUACUUGUCGAGAAAAACAGAGUUGUAAGAGCUGAGCUUGAGGAAUUCAAACACAACUCUCAAAAUGUUGUGCUUAGUUAUAUAGAGGAUAAAACUCAACAUUCUCAAGAGGUUGAAAAGCUGAAAUGCAUGUUAGUGACAUCUGAAGAAGAGAUUGGUAAUCUGGUGUUCUCCAAGGUUGAGCUGGAAGUAAAAGUUCUAGUACUUAAAGCCAAAUUGGAUGAACAGCAAGCUCAGAUCAUCACACUUGAAGGAUACUAUGAUGAAUUAGUGAUGGUGCAGAAACACUGCAAUGAGCUUAACCAGAGGCUUUCUGAUCAGAUUUUGAAGACAGAAGAAUUCAGAAACUUGUCUGUCCAUUCGAAAGAGCUCAAAGACAAAGCUGAUGCUGAGUGUAUCCAUGCUCGUGAAAAAAGAGAACCUGAAGGACCACCUGUGGCCAUGCAGGAGUCCUUAAGAAUUGCAUUUAUCAAAGAGCAGUACGAAACAAGGCUGCAAGAACUGAAACAGCAGUUGUCCAUCUCCAAAAAGCACAGUGAGGAAAUGCUAUGGAAAUUACAAGAUGCGAUUGAUGAGAUUGAGAAUAGGAAGAAAUCUGAAGCUUCUCAUCUGAAGAAAAAUGAAGAACUGGGAAUGAAGAUAUUGGAAUUGGAGGCUGAGUUACAAUCUGUAGUUUCUGAUAAACGUGAAAAAGUGAAGGCUUAUGACCUGAUGAAGGCUGAAAUGGAAUGCUCAUUAAUAAGUCUCGAGUGCUGCAAGGAAGAAAAACAAAAACUUGAAGCUUCUUUGGAAGAAUGCAAUGAGGAGAAGUCAAAAAUUGCUGUUGAACUCACUUUGAUGAAAGAAUUGCUAGAGAAUUCCAAAUCACCAGGGAACAUGCAGGAAGAACAAAAUGAUGUAUCUUGCGAAGUGGAUUGCUUGAUUGUGGAUGCUUCGAACUAUGGAAAAAAAAGAGCACACACAGUCCCUUUGAAUCAUCCAUCCAGGAAUCCUAACCAGAAGUGCUUGGGAAGAGAUGAUUUGAGGAAUUGUGAAGAAGCAGAACUUGCAUUCCCUGCCUCUGUUGACAGAGUUGAUCAUUCGAACACACUUAUGCAUGAGCAACCUGAGCAGGAUGUUCUCGCGUCUUGUGGGAUGAAUGGGCUUAAAAGUUCUGCACUUAUAAAUCAAGACAGGUUGCUGCAUGGUGACAUGAAGCAUUUAGCUAUCAUCAAUGAUCAUUUCAGAGCUGAAAGUUUAAAGUCUAGCAUGGACCACUUAAGUAAUGAGUUAGAAAGGAUGAAAAACGAGAAUUCACUUUUGUUGCAAGAUGAUCAUGAUUUUGACCAAAAGUUUCCAGGCUUACAAAGUGAAUUUAUGAAGCUACAGAAGGCCAAUGAAGAACUAGGAAGCAUGUUCCCCUUGUUUAAUGAAUUCUCAGGGAGUGGAAACGCAUUAGAGAGGGUGCUUGCAUUAGAAAUUGAGCUUGCUGAAGCAUUGCAAGCAAAGAAGAGAUCAAGCAUCCUUUUUCAAAGUUCUUUCUUUAAACAACACAGUGACGAGGAAGCUGUAUUCAAAAGCUUUAGAGACAUCAAUGAGUUGAUCAAGGACAUGCUGGAACUAAAGGGAAGGUAUACAACUGUGGAGACUCAACUAAAAGAGAUGCAUGACCGCUAUUCUCAGCUAAGCCUUCAAUUUGCAGAGGUUGAAGGUGAGAGGCAGAAGCUCACGAUGACUCUCAAGAAUGUUCGGGCAUCAAAGAAAGCCCUAUGCUUAAACCGGUCCUCAUCAGCUUCCCUUGAGGACCAUUCCUCAUAGCCAUUUUGACAAGCCUCCUAUAGUGCCUUAUUUACAGUCUUAGAAAUCCUAUUUACUGAGGUCAGCAGUUAAUAUUCCCAUACUUCCAUCAUUACUUAAUUAUGUAGAUUGCUGGUUACUAUUCGUUGGCUAAUUAUCUGUCACAAGUCAAGUUGCAAUACGACAAGCCUGCAAUGGAUGCCAAAAGCGUAGAGGCAGAUGCAUCGUCUGUAAAUAAAAUUGCAUUUUGCUGGUUGUUUGCAUCAUAAGGUAUAGUUAUAACAAUAUGACCUUUUUGGUCCUUUCUGUAACUCAUUAUCCUGUAUAGCAAAUCAAAUUCUUUGAUCAGCGAAAA